AUGCAUCGACCCGCCAUCUCCCGUGAAAGGUUCCGCAACGAAUUCGUCGUCGUCUUCGGCGAGUUCUGCGGAACCUUUAUGUUUCUCCUCACAGCUUACAUCGGCACUCAGGCCGCCAUCGACAACAACUCGCCAGGAAACCCCGACGCACCUCUCUUCCCCUUUUCGUUGAUGUAUAUUGCUGCUUCUUUUGGAACUGCCUUGGCCGUCAACGUCUGGGUGUUUUAUCGAGUGACAGGCGGACUGUUUAAUCCUGCUGUUACUCUGGGGCUUGUUCUCGUCCGCGCGAUAACGCCGCUCCGUGGCCUCCUCAUCUUCCCAACCCAGAUUGUCGCGGGCAUCGCCGCCGCCGCAGUCACCGACGCCCUGCUCCCAGGCCCUCUCCUCGUCGCCAACAAGCUCUCGUCCGGCACGAGCAUCUCCCGCGGCCUCUUCAUCGAAAUGUUCCUCACGGCACAGCUUGUCAUCACGGUCUACUUCCUCGCCGUGGAGAAGCACCGCGCCACCUUUCUGGCGCCCCUGGGCAUCGGCCUCGCCGUCUUCAUCGCCCACAUUUGCGGCACAAACUUCACCGGCACCGGCAUCAACCCAGCGCGAUCCUUUGGCCCUUGCGUCGUCACCAGCUUCACGGGCUACCAGUGGAUCUACUGGGCCGGGCCGUUCAUGGGCGCCCUGCUCGCCUUUGCAGUCUACUCCAUUCUCAAAUGGAUGGAGUACCACAACGCCAACCCGGGCCAAGACGACGAUAGCAACGUCAAGAAGAGCGCGGCAGGCUUUCGUCUUACCUCGAAUGACCGACAGUUUAGCAGUAGCACGAAUGGGUCAAAGCCUCAGACGCCGGGUGAGCAUAACCCGCGAGACAGCGGGAUUGGCCACAGCACUUCGAUUCCACAGGGAUUCCAAGCUGUAUAA